CGUGAUCAAGACUGUCAUGGCUGCGCCCUCGUGUAAUGCGUGGUUGUAAACAUUCGUGAACAUAUUUUGGCAUUAAGAAGUUGCCAGAGUCAUCAAGAAAGAUGAAGAUACAGAAGAUGAAGCCCGGAAACAAGCGCAUGUCCUUCGGAGUGCGGAGGCCAUCUAAACGAGGCAUCCAAGUGAAAGGCAAUUGGAAAGCUAUAGAGCUCGACCCCAGUAUCUUCUCCGAGGAGGGCUUGGAGGGUCUGGUGUGUUUUGAAGAGCUCACAAAUUACCGUCUGAUAGACACUGAGAAGGCUGAAGCCAAAGCAGAAAGGGAAAAGUUAAAGCAGAAGAAUAGGAAGAAAGCGAGAAGCGAGAAAAGAAAAGCCAGCGUUGGAGAGGGGGCUGCUGAGAAAGUGGAUGCUGCUGAGAAAGUGGAUGCUGCUGAGAAAGUGGAUGCUGAGACAGUGGAUGCCGAGAAAGUGGAUGCCGAGAAAGUGGAUGCCGAGAGCAACGAGGGGGAGAAAGCAGCUGAACCAGCUAAGAAAAAAGCCAAGAAGAAUAAAAAUAAGAAAGCAAAGGAAUCAGAAAAACCAGAUGACACCUCUGAGGAAGUGACUCAGAAGGAUGUAGCUGCAGGUGAGGAGGAAGGGGAAGAAAAGAGGCCUAAAGAAGAAGCUUCCACGGAUAUAGCAACUGCUCCAGAACCCGAUGCACCCUCAAAACCCACAAAGAAGAACAAAAAGAAGAACAAGAAAAAGGAGCAGCAGAUGGAGGAAGAGAAAACCCCAGAGGCUCAGCCAAAGCAGGAGUCUCCAUCUGAACCUCAGGCUUUGAAAAAAGAAAAACCUGGAAAAUCCACCCAAGAUGAAGCACCAAAGCCCCCCAAAAGCAAAAAGCAGAUAAAUAAUUGGACAAAUGCAGCCCGUUGUGGUUCUGGUGACCAAAAUGUUGACGUGAGUGCUUGGAAUGACCUGUUCGUCCCCUCCCCUGUGCUGAAGGCACUGAGCAGUCUUGGAUUUAGCUCACCGAGCCCCAUACAGGCCCUGACUCUGCCUCCAGCCAUCAGGGACCGUAUGGAUAUACUGGGAGCAGCUGAGACAGGAAGUGGAAAGACGUUGGCUUUUGGUAUCCCCAUGAUCCACGCCAUCCUACAGUGGAAGAGCGGUUCAGAAAAGCCUGUUGAUGAUAGCCCCGAACCAACCACAAAUGUGAAGAGUUUGUAUUUACCAGAUGUAGAAGAGUCUACAAUAGAAGAAGACAAGGAGGAUGACAUGGAGGCUGAGGGAGAAGAGGAUGAAAGCAUCAAAGAGGAGGAUCAAGGUGACGCAGAUGAACACAACUGCAAAGAAGAACAGGAGGACAUUGAAGAAACAGAUGGUGAUAAUAGGAUUGGGUGUGUUCAGGUAAUUGAAAAUGCAACGUUUGGUUUUGAACACACCGUUGAAGAAAAAGAAGAAGCUGCAGCCGGUCGGCGGCAGCCUCUGCUUGGACUGGUGCUCACUCCCACCAGAGAGCUGGCAGUUCAGGUCAAGCACCAUUUUGAUGCUAUUACGAAAUUUACAGACAUCAAGACAGCGAUAGUGGUGGGUGGAAUGGCACAAGAGAAACAGAGGAGGGUGCUGAAACGAAGACCAGAGAUCGUAAUCGCUACUCCAGGACGUCUGUGGGACUUGAUCCAGGAGCGCCAUCCACAUCUGGUGAAUUUAAGACAGCUCAAGUGCCUGGUAAUUGAUGAAGCCGAUCGCAUGGUGGAGAGAGGCCACUUUGCUGAGCUGGAGAGUAUUCUGGAGAUGCUCAACACCGUGCACUUUAAUCCCAAGAGGCAAACCUUUGUGUUCUCUGCUACACUGACCAUGGCUCGCAGCGUGCCCAUCCGCCUCCUGCAGAAGAAGAAGAGGAAGAAUCUGGACCAGAGGAACCAGCUGGAAAUUCUCAUGGAGAAAGUGGGAAUCAAGUCCAAACCAAAAAUCGUUGACUUGACCAGGAAGGAGGCAACUGUGGAGUCCCUGACUGAGACCCGAAUCCACUGUCAAAAAGAAGAAAAGGACUUCUUCCUUUAUUACUUUUUGCUCCAGUAUCCUGGCCGCACCAUGGUGUUUGCCAACAGUAUAGACUGUAUCAAGAGACUGAACUGCCUGCUGGUCAUCCUGGACUGUACUCCACUGCCUCUGCAUGCCAACAUGCACCAGAAACAACGCCUCAAAAACCUGGAGAGGUUUGCUGAGAGGGAGAGUUGUGUCUUGCUGACUACUGAUGUUGCAGCUCGAGGGCUGGACAUCCCCAAUGUUGAGCAUGUUAUUCACUACCAGGUUCCCAGGACAUCUGAGACUUACGUCCAUCGGAGUGGGAGAACAGCGAGAGCCGCCAAAGAGGGUCUGAGUAUGCUGCUUAUAGGCCCAGACGACAUGAUGAACUUCAAAAAGAUCUACAAGGCUCUUGGGAAGGACGAGGAUCUUCCCAUGUUCCCCAUUGAGAGCAAAUGCAUGGAAGCCAUCAAGGAGCGGGUAAACUUGGCCAGACGGGUAGAGAAGAUUGAGUUCCACAACAGCCGGGAGAAGCAUCACAACUCCUGGUUCAGACAAGCUGCAGAGGCUCUGGAGGUCGACCUGGAUGAUGACCUUUUAAUUGGUGGAGCAAAGGAUGAUGAGGGUGACAGAGAGCAGCAGAAGUUGGUGAAGGGGAUGAAAAAGCAUUUGAAAUAUCUGAUCUCCAAGCCUGUGUUCAAAAGGGAGAUCAUGACCAAGUACCCCACUCAAAUGGGAAGGCUCUCACUGGCUAACAUGCAUCGAGGUGGAAAGGAAAGUGCCCUUACCACGGUUACAGAGCAGGAGGAAAAACAGAAGUUAAAGAAACGUGGUCCACAACAGCAGAAAAAGCAGAAGAAAGAAAAGCAGCAGCAGCAGUGACGUGUUAAUGGAAUGUGUAUUAAGAGAAGAUUUAUGUAUUUGUUUACAUAAAUACAUUUCAAUUCAUUUAAAGUCAUAAUUUCGAAGAUUUUCAUUUAAAAUGAAUGUUGUGUAACACUAUCGCAGUGAAGGAGAUAACACAAUGGUGGUAAAGCCUUGGACCCACUAAUGUAAGCUCUUGCAUUUGGGAAGUGAAAAUAAAGUGAAAAUAGAGUUUAUCAGCAUAAAUGCUGCCAAAAAGAGCACAGAUCUUCGAGAUUGUAACUUUAAAUACUUAUUGCACAAUGUGCAAAAAAACAUGUAUUUCUAAAUGUUAAAUCGCUGUACACUGCAAGACUAUAUAAAAAUCUGUUUUCUCAAGUGUC